CUAAAUUUUCGGGCAUGCCAUUGAAGCUGUGGCCAAACAAGGCCCUUGGUCAUUCACUGCUGGAAGGAGCGCCCUCAGAGACCCUUCUCCAUGGAGUGUUUCAAAACAACAAAAAUUUUCACGUUGCCUUUUUCCACAUAAAUCUGGGCAACAAAGUCACUUGCAGAAGCUGAGAAUGAAUGCGUGAAUCCUGCUUGAUUUGAAUGGUAUGAUGCUUUUAGGGAUCGCCUAGAUAUCCCUUAGAAAAACCCUGCUGGUAGAGGAGGCCACGGAAGAUAGCCCAAAGAUGACCAGCCAGCUUCCAGAGGACACUGCUGAAUCCCCCGUCUCCGACGAGCUUGAGUGUAAGAUCUGCUACAACCGUUACAACCUCAGGCAGAGGAAACCCAAGGUACUGGAGUGCUGCCACCGCGUCUGUGCCAAAUGCCUUUACAAGAUCAUCGACUUUGGAGACUCCCCUCAGGGCGUCAUCGUGUGUCCUUUCUGUAGGUUUGAGACCUGCCUGCCCGAUGACGAGGUUAACAGCCUCCCCGAUGACAACAACAUCCUUGUGAACUUGACUUGUGGAGGAAAGGGGAAGAAAUGCCUGCCGGACAAUCCCACGGAGCUGCUGCUGACCCCCAAAAGGCUGGCCUCCCUGGUCAGUCCUUCCCACACUUCCUCCAACUGCCUGGUGAUCACCAUCAUGGAAGUACAAAGAGAGAGCCCUCAGUCUCUGAGCUCGACCCCCGUGGUGGAGUUUUACAGGCCCGCCAGCUUUGACUCUGUCGCUACCGUGUCCCACAACUGGACAGUGUGGAACUGUACCUCUCUGCUCUUCCAGACGUCAAUCCGAGUGUUAGUUUGGUUGCUAGGGUUGCUAUAUUUCAGUUCCUUGCCCUUGGGGAUCUACUUACUGGUCUCUAAGAAAGUCACCCUUGGGGUCGUCUUUGUCAGCCUUGUCCCUUCCAGCCUUGUUAUUCUUAUGGUGUAUGGUUUUUGCCAGUGUGUAUGCCAUGAAUUUUUAGACUGUAUGUCAUCACCUUCAUGAUAGAUGCUACAAAGAUAAGAAAUUUAAUAUGCUUUGCCAUGUUUGUAGCUUAGUUCAUUUAGGUGUUUUUAGUCUUCUAAUUUAUGGUUUGUGAAUCUAACAUUAACAGAUAUGUGAAUUACAUUUUCAUGGUCUAUUUUCCUCAUCAAUCUGUAUCCUUUGGUUUAUUUAUUAUUUUUUCUUAAUACUGAUAGUAAAAUUUGAUACUUCAACUUGGGGGUUAGGCUUUAGGAAAGAAACCGAAGUGCCCAAGUUAAGCCUUCUUGGAGCUCAAAGGGAACAGUGUCUCCGCAGAGAAAGAACAGAGCGUCUAAGGCAAUGUUGUCACAGACACCCUAAUGUGAGUACAAUACACCUACGUUGUGUAGUAGCAGCAGAGCUUUUUGCCAUAAGUUAAUGACGAACUGGCUUCUCUUUGCAUAAUCAUCACUGUCACGUUCACGGAAGGAGGGCAUAAGUUUCUUCAUGUCAAACACUUUUGAAGUGUGCAUUCACCUUGGACAUUUCUGUUGCUACCUUCCCUCAAUUCAUCCACCCCGCUUUUCUUUCUUUUCUCUUAAUAUCACCUUCUGUCAUUUAAUAUGUAAUUCAAGACAUCUCUCUCCUCUGUACACCCUUCCUGAUCCUAAAGCCCCCCAGACCAAGGGUGCGGAGCCUGCAGCCUUGAGGCCACUUGUGGCCCU